AUGGCCACACCGCGCCUGCGACACAGACCACAGACUGAAGAAGAGGAUGCCGCUUCAUUGAAACUCGGCCCCGAGUUCAACAAUGCCGGCUGCCUGUUGAUCUCAGAGGUGAAGUAUCUCCUUGAAAACCGCGACAAGGAUGCACCAGAUACUGCCGUAUACAAUAAGACUCUUGAAUAUGUGAAAACCUUUGCCAAAUUUAACACGACCGAUUCCGCGAGUGCAGUCCGGGAGAUUCUACGGAGGGAACCUGCGUUGACGCAGUUUGAGACUGCACAAAUUGCCAAUCUGUGUCCGGCGAAUGCUGAGGAGGCGAAGAGCGUGAUACCAAGUCUUGUGAAGCUUGAUGAUGACAGAUUACAACAACUUCUGGACGAGAUUCAGACGACCAGGAAGUUCCAGUCAUAG